CGCCCACCUGUGCCCAGCAGAUCACCCACCUGUGCCCAGCAGUGCACCCACCUGUGCCCAGCAGUGCACCCACCUGUGCCACCUACCUGUGCCCAGCAGUGCCACCCACCUGUGCCCACCCACCUGUGCCCACCAGUGCCACCCACCUGUGCCCACCCACCAGUGCUGCCCACCAGUGCCACCCACCAGUGCAGCCCAGCAGUGCUGCCAGUCAGUGCCACCAGUCAGUGCCCAGGGGUUGUGCCAGUCAGUGCCGCCAGUCAGUGCCCAGCAGUGAUGCCAGUCAGUGCCGUCUAUCAGUACCCAUCA